UCUUCUAGAGAGGAGAAGCCUCCAGCCUCAUUAGGAAUCUGGUCAUGUUCUGAAAUGGUCUUCAAGAACGGAGCCUGGAUCUGAGUAUCUCAGUUUACAGGCUUCAUUGGGAUGUGGAUUCAGAAUCUCUUCCACCUUCUCAUCUUGAGCUUAGUUUCAGUUUGAAAUGUGUGUGUAAUGGAACGAGGGAGGUUCCCCCCCUUCCCACCACUGACAAAAGAGAAAAUGGAGCCCUGUACAUCAGAUCCAUGGAAGCUUAUUUGCUGCAGUUUUUGACUAGAUUAUGGUCAAAAAUAUAUAUCAAUAUAUUUCCUUCUUCAAAUGGAUGUGAGCAAGAAACAUGGCAAGUCCAAGAACAAGGAAAGUUCUUAAAGAAGUCAGAGUGCAAGAUGAGAACAAUGUCUGUUUUGAGUGUGGUGCGUUUAACCCCCAAUGGGUGAGUGUGACCUAUGGAAUCUGGAUCUGUCUGGAAUGCUCAGGAAAACACAGAGGCUUGGGAGUUCACCUCAGCUUUGUACGCUCUGUCACUAUGGACAAAUGGAAAGACAUUGAGCUGGAGAAGAUGAAGGCGGGUGGUAAUGGUAAAUUUCGAGAAUUUCUGGAGUCUCAGGAGGAUUAUGAUCCCUGCUGGUCAAUGCAGGAGAAAUACAACAGCAAAGCUGCAGCUCUCUUUAGAGAUAAGGUGGCUACUUUAGCUGAGGGCAAGGAAUGGUCUCUUGAAACUUCUACUGCCAGAAACUGGACUCCACCUCAGCCCAAGAUGGCCCUGUCUUCAGCUCAUCGUUCUGCUGGACCAUCCCAGAAUGCAGCUGGCUCUUCCGACAAAGCUUUUGAAGACUGGUUAAAUGAUGAUUUCAGCUCCUAUCAAGGUGGCCAAGAGAAUCGCUAUGUGGGAUUUGGGAACACAGUCAACCCUCCGAAAAAGGAUGACGACUUCCUCAAUAAUGCCAUGUCUUCGCUAUACUCGGGAUGGAGCAGUUUUACAACUGGAGCCAGCAAGUUUGCCUCAGCAGCUAAAGAGGGUGCUACCAAAUUUGGAUCUCAAGCAACUCAAAAGUUUUGGGGCUACAAGCAGCAGCCAGAGCCGGCAUCAGAGUUAGGUCAGACUUUAAAUGAAAAUGUUCUCAAACCUGCACAGGAAAAGGUGAAAGAGGGAAAAAUGCUUGAUGAGUUUUCCAUGGGGGUAUCUCAUCUGGCCACCAAGGUUCAGGGGGUAGGCAGUAAGGGAUGGCGGGACGUCACCACUUUCUUUUCCAGCAAAUCAGAUGAUCUUUCUGAAAGACCACCUGAGGGAGACAGCUAUCAGAACAGUGGAGGAGAGGGCUACCAGAACAAUGCUGUAGAUCAAAGCUUCUGGGAAACAUUUGGCAACUCGGACCCACCCAAGGCUCAUAAAUCCCCAAGCAGUGACAGUUGGACCUACGUGGAUAAUUCCACAGAGAAGAAGAGCUCUGAUAGCUGGGACGUCUGGGGUUCGGGGACGGUCUCCAACAACAAGAACAGUAACAGCGAUAGCUGGGAAAACUGGGAGACCAACUGGGAAAAUGCAGGAGGGGAGAGCAAGACCAAAAAAUCCCCCAAGAAAAUGACAAAAGUGUCUUCAGCAGCUGAUGAUGGGUGGGAUAACCAGAACUGGUAGGACUCUGUAACCCUGCUUCGCAUGGCGAAGGAAGGAGUCCAUGCUGUCUGAUGAAAAAAGUUUCACACACAACUGGAUUAACAUGGUUGUCCUUAUUGACCUGUUACCUUUUGCUUCCCCUUCAUUCUCCUUUCUUUUGUUCCAGUUUAGAAAAACAAAGUGUCUCAGUCUCAUCAUGACCAUGUGAAGAUAUGGCUGUCCCGCUGUAAAGGAUAGUAAUAGAUAUAUUCUCCUCACCAUAGCGCUAUUGGAGCCGGGUAUGCUAAGCUCUUAACAUGAGAAUUCAGAGGAACAAAUCAGUGCAAGCAUGUUUUCAUGGCACAAUACUGCAUGAGUAGUUUCUUAAGAUUGCCCCUCCAGUAUUCCUAACUUCUAAUGAAGUUCUAGAGAACAUGUGGGGUGGGGUGAUGCCGGGAAAGGCGGGGAUAUAUCUUCAACAGAUAGCCAGCAAUUGAACGAGUGAACUGCAGUUGAAUAAGUACCAGUUUAAAUGCCUCUCUCUACUGCUGGGACUGCAUUAAAUCUGGCAGUUAAAAAUGGCCAUUAAGACCCUUUUUAUUGAAGCUGUAUUUUUAAACUUUGCAAGGUUUGAGAACUUUUUUUAAACCUUUUUUUUCCUUAUAGAGAGAAUUCCUAGAUGAGCAAAAAACUAGAGCUAGAUAAUUGUUAGUAUGUAACUCACCGUUUUGUCAGCCUGACCAUAUAGGAGUGUUCAGAAUGGCACCACUUCUUCUUCUUGCCCUUUGAUUUAGGGAUGUACACAGUGCAGAUUUUCUGCAGGUGUAUCAUGCGGAGUUGUGGUAUUUUUCCCUUUAACCAUUAAGAAGUGUCUUCCUCUCUUUAGCUUUCUUCCUUCCAGAUUCCUAAUUUCAUCUGCUAUGUUUUUGUUAAAAUGAAAGUUUUCUCCUCUUCUGCUUGAGCUUUUAUCAGCAUGUGUUAACCACAACAGCAAUGAAACUUUGGAAAAAUCCAGCAACAGCAAGAUAAAAUGGGAGAAGAGAGUGAAAACAAAACAUUGUUAAAGAUAGAGACAAGCUAAUUUUGAGAUGAAUAGAACUCUGGGUUUAACAGUGAAACUUAAAUUCGGCAGAUUGAUUAAGCUAAUCUUCUCUUUAGUUUGUCAAAUAGAAACAAUUCUAUAAUUGUUUAAACCACCUUUUCCUCCACAAUUUCCCCAAUACCUUUAUAUAUAAAAAAAAAAAAAAAAAUUUCAGAGGCUCUAGUCAGGUCUGAACUUUGAUUUUUUUUUACCUUCUCUUCACAAUUUAUAAACCCAUAAUCUUUGAAUAUGGAAAACUAAAAUAGAGGAAUUCAGAUGUUUCCUUUAACGAAGGUGUCUUAUGUUAAGUAUCUGUCUGCUGUGGGUGGGGUGUAGCUCUAUUUUUUUUAUUGUUACUGGGAUAUAAUGUUGUAAAUAUACAAUAUAAGUGACUACUGUAGUUAGAAGUCACUUGAAAACUUCAAAUCAUGGUGCCAUUGGAUAAUACUUCAGACACCAGUGUGGAAUUCUGUAUCGUAGACGUUAUUUGUGAACCUUCAGAGAGUAAGAAUAUCUUUGUAUUGACAAGCUGACCAAAUGAUAGCUGAUGCUGAUCAUUUGAUAAGUUUUCUGUCUCAGCUAUUGCUCAGUUUCUGUCAUUCACCAUGGAGAAGGUUCAAAUUUAACCAGUGGAUAUUGGCCAUAAAUGAACUGUCUUCAGCAGCCAGAAAAAAAAAAAUCAUGAAUUACCCAAAAGUAUUAAUGGUUUCUCCAUUUAUAGUCUAAGUAGUAACAUCUGUAUUGAUAUUAUGGAGAAAUUUUGAUCUUGCAGGAUUAUUUCUUGUAUUUCCAUCACUAUUGUCUUUCUAAUUAUCAACUGAAUAUUUUUCUGAUCUUACAUGCUGCUUCCCCAUCCUUUAUCUCAAUGGUUUUCUCUUGAUUUAGUGCCCCUUCAGUAACCUUUUAGUGAUAUGUUGAGACCCACACCUAACCUGAGUACUUUAUGCAGUGCUAGUAAUUAUCCGGAGUUUGCUUGUGCCAGACUAAUUCAAGGCUUUGUGUGUCACACUAAGGAAUCCUAGUUGCCGAAUGACCCUUUUUAAAAUGGCAGCAGCACAGCAAGAUCUAAGACUCCAAUGCUUCUUGUGGUAGUAGCGCCAUUUUCAAGAAUAUUUACAGCCAGAAUCCAUACGAGUGGUUUUACUGGAAUUUCUGCUCUUCUGUUUCAGAGAUAUUGUUGUCAUGGCUUGACUGCAUGUUAAACAUGUAACGAUUCUUGUAUUUUAUGCUUACGCUUCUGUUACUUGUUCUUCCUUUCACUUGUCAACUGCCCAGUUUGAAACAAAUGCAUGUACUUCGCAGGCCAUGCUGUGUAAUUUGUAUGUGAAGUGGUAUUGCCCAGACUUUGACUAGCAAUUAUCUUUUGUGAAGUGUUGCAGUAGAAGUGACAGCAAAAUGCACCUGAUUAGCUGGGUUGCCUGACUUCUGAAGUUUUGUCUAAUGUGAUGUGAAGCUGAUUCAGCUUCCUGUAUACUAUUUUAUUACUGUCUUUUUUCACCAGCCUCCUGAAAUAGGUUGAGCGAUCUAUGUAAAAAUUAUUUGUGCAUAUACUAUUGUCCCUGUUCUCCCCACUUUUGUGGUUUGCCUAAUAGGGAAUUGUUUACAUCACACUUGCAGCUAAGAUUGGCUCAACAUAGUUUUUUAGGCCUCUACUCGAACGUAGUGAAAAUCAGUGCCCUGACUGGGUACAACUGUGUGACAGGGGUAUUCUUCCAAUCCAGGAGAAAGUGAAGGAAUAGCUUCCUCCUUUGCACUGUUGUGGGGAGUCCUAAGAUACCCUUACACUUCCAGAGAGGUACUGCAAGGUGGUUAAAAAGUAACAUUGUGGUGAAAGAUACAGAUGGAUCAGUAAAACUUUGGGCCUGUUGCUCAAUCCAAGUGCAUGCAGUUCCCAUUCAUUUUAGCACUCCUGAAUCAAAAAUGAUUUUGAUCGGAAUCCAAACGGUCUAGCAUGUCUUUGAGGAGAGCUGAGAGGAGGGUGAAACUAGGGCAUUUCCUUUGGCCAAUUUUUGUUCUCCUUGGUUUUAGUUUAUUAGCUACUAGUUGGAUAGGAAGCCACUGCCAUUUGAAAGCCGUUCAGUUGUGGGAGGGCGGUGUCAAAGCCCAGUUCUUAGUGGGAAUAUUUUCUUAUCCUCAAAGGCACCCUCGCAGCUGGCACUGCUAUGUUCUUGACCUACCAAUAACCGAAUGGUGGAGCCUCAGCUGCAUAGAUAUGGCCCAGCACGGAGUUUGAGACAGAUUCUCAGGGUAUGCAAGCCUGUAGUGCCACAGUAUGCCGUGCCUGUGUUGUGGAUAAACGGGACUUUUGUUUUCAGAACUCUGCCUUGCACCUUUCACUAGCAUGAAAAAAAAAAUUGUUUAAAAAAAACAAUGAAGGGGAGAUGGAUGCUAGGGAAACGGUGACUGGAGAAGUUUUCUAUUGGAUACUGCAUCACCAAGGUUAGCCUUCCCAGUGUUUCAAUCUCCAUUUCAUUUAAACUGGUGGAUCUCAUCAAUGGCAGAUUUCAGCACAGAACUUCUAGGGCGUUCAAACUCGGUGCUAUUUGCGAAGGAGCAAAACAUCUUAGUUCUUGAGUGUUCCCAAACCAGAAACUGGAUCUUCUGUUUCUAGCAUUUAGAAUUUUGAAAUGUUGCUUUCAUUUUGUCUUGAAGCCUGUCACUAGUGAGUAAAUUUCAAGAAAUCUUUGGCCAACUCUCCUUAAUUCUUGAUCUGUAUGAUAAUGCUGCUGCUUUUUUCCCCACUCCAAACAUUGUAACAUUCCGCAGGUAGAUAAUGUAUUUCAGUGUAAUAAUCUGUGCAAUAAUUUAAUAAGUGUGAAUGAAACCUCCUUUGUAUUCUAAUCCAGGAAAUAAGAUUUAAAGAUGCAGUGCCCCUUCUUGAGGUCACAAUAGCAAUCAACGAAAGUAUGUCAGUAUCCCUAUUGCCUUUGUAAGUGAUCUAAUUUUAAAAUCCCGGCCCAAGGAGGAUUUGUGCAAUCUAGAGCUGAAAUAAAAGUAAAGAAGUGGAAUCUAAUGCUCAUUACUAGUGUUGGAUUGUAAUGACCUAGAAUGACCUCUUCUAGAGCCAUUUUUGUGCCAGCAGAAAUUUGGUAAAUGAGGAGGGUACUGUAUCUUUAAUUUUCCUUAUGUGUUAUGUGAAGUUCACGGGAAUGGCAAUUUCAGUGAACAAUAUUCCUUGUUCUAUGGAGUGGUACUGGACUUGAACUGCAGUGUUCUCUUUUAAAAGAGCAUUACAAUAAAGCAAAGAGAAAUGGAA